CCGUCGACCUUUCGCCGCGCCUCCCAAAAUCUUCUCUUUUAACCCCCACCAACCCCCCCACCCCGGGUGAUUUGAAUCGUUCUGCGGAAGCGACUCAUCCAAGAUCGAAGGCUUCGACGAAUUAGACGGCGAAGGGAAUCUUUUUAUUUCGGGUUCUUGUGUGGACGCAUUGGUCGGGGGAUUUCUUGGUGGAGUUGGGUCGGAGAGAUUCUAAGGGGGUCGGUGUCUUCUUUGAUGGGCCAAGAACAACUCUGGUUUGGUGGGAUUUAAUAGCCGCCUGGACAGGUUUGCAGAGUUGGCGAGAGGUCUGUGCCGCCGGGUUGGAGUGGGGAUCAUGCGGUGAAACGGGGGAAAUUUUGGCCAGUUAUUCUUUUUUUCUUGGCCCUUUGCAAUUGGAUUAGGGUUUCGGGAGGACUGGGAGAAAGGGGUGGCUUAAGGCACUUUGAACAGGCAGAUGGUAGAUGUAAUUUUCUUCAACAGAAAGCAGCAUGAAUGGUAAGAAAUGAGUAAAGAGACAAGGAAUUUUCUCAUCUUCUAAGGAACACAAUGAAGUGUUUGUGUUCGGAUGAUCAAUUGCGAGUAGAUGAAAUGGUUCAAUCGUCUGGGUCCCUGGCCACCAAGGACUGCUUGCCCGGCCAUUAUUCAUGUCGAAAUGGUGAGGUUGAGCGGAGGGUUGACACCGUAAACAUUGAAGAAGCUGAAUCAUCUCUCCGUGAAGGUCUUUGCUUAAAUGAUGAGGAAGCAAGAGCCUUGCUUGGAAGGAUAGAAUAUCAGAGAGGAAAUGUAGAAGCUGCACUUCAUGUUUUUGAUGGAAUAGAUCUUUCUUCAGUAGCUCCUAAGAUCAAAGCUGCUAUUGCUGAAAGAAUGGAACGCCCCAAGUGUCACUCAAAAUGGGAUGCACGACCAAUGUCCAUACAUGCAAUAAGCUUACUUGUUGAAGCAGUAUAUCUGAAAGCAAGAGCUCUACAAGAUCUUGGAAGGUUUAAAGAAGCUGCUCAAUCAUGCAGCAUUUUUCUGAACUCUAUAGAGUCUGCGUUACAUGAUGGCUUGCCAGGGAACUUUAUUACUGAUAAUAAAUUACAGGAGAUAGUGUGCAAGGCAGUUGAGUUGCUUCCGGAGCUAUGGAAACUGGCUGGAUUUCCUCAUGAAGCCAUCUCAACUUACCGAAGGGCCCUACUUGGACACUGGAAUCUUGAUGAUGUUACCAUGGCAAAGAUACAAAAAGAAUUUGCUAUCUUUCUUCUUUAUGGAGGCUGUGAUGCUAGCCCUCCAAACCUUCACUCUCAAAUGGAUGGUGCAUUUAUACCUAGGAACAACAUGGAAGAGGCAGUUCUUCUGUUAAUAAUUCUUUUGCGGAAAGUUUCUCUUAGGAGAAUUGAGUGGGAUUCAUCUAUCAUCGAUCAUCUGUCUUUUGCACUAUCUAUAUGUGGGCAGCUUAGUUCUCUGGCCGGUCAGGUAGAAGGGUUAUUACCUGGUGUCCUAGGUAUGAAAGAACAAUACUAUACCUUAGCCUUAUGUUACUUAGGAGAAAAUGAUGACCUUACGGCUCUGAAUUUGCUGAGAAAGCUACUGAAUGCUACGGAUCCAGAUUGUGUAAAAGCAUUGAUACUUGCUGCUAAAGUUUGUGGUGAGAAUACUUCUUGUGCAGAGGAAGGUGUUUCCUUUGCACGCAGGGCACUCACCAACUUGCAUGGUUGCUGUGAUCAAAUUGAAAGUGUAACUAAUUGUUUACUUGGUAUCUCACUUUCAGCUCAGGCUAGAUCUUCUUCCUCUGAUUCAGAAAGAGUUUCAAGGCACUCUGAGGCACUUGAGGUGCUUGAAAAAACUGAAAGAACGAUCCAUGGAAAAGACUGUAAAACCAUAUUCAAUCUCAGCUUAGAACAUGCUGAACAAAGAAAGUUGGAUGCAGCACUUCGUUAUGCCAAACAGCUUCUGAAACUAGAAGCUGGCUCAAAUGUAGAUGCGUGGAUCCUUUUGGCACGAAUAUUAACUGCCCAGAAGCGGUUUGUUGAUGCUGAGACCAUUAUCAAUGCUGGUUUGGAGCAAACAGGAAAGUGGGACCAGGGAGAACUACUGCAAACUAAAGCUAAAAUUCAGAUUGCAAAGGGACAACUGAAGAAUGCUAUUGAGACAUAUACUCAUCUUCUUGCCAUAAUUCAGUUGAGGACUAAGAGUUUUAAUUAUGGACUAAUGUCAUUGAAGGGUGGAAAAAGUGAGAGAAGUUUGGAAAUCCAGACGUGGCGUGAUCUGGCUAAUGUCUACAUAAGCAUGUCACUGUGGAGGGAGGCUGAAAUUUGCCUAUCUAAUUUGAAGGCUAUUUGUCCUUAUUCUGCUUUAAGAUGGCACGCUACUGGACAGCUAUAUGAAGCAAAAGGUCUCCUUCAAGAAGCUCUAGGGGCAUAUGCUAAAGCAUUGGAUAUAGAGCCAGCCCAUGUCCCAAGCUUGGUCUCAAGAGCAAUUGUUCUUAGACAUCUUGGUGAUUGGUCAUUGGAUGUCAUUAGGAGCUUAUUGACUGAUGCACUUCGGCUGGACCGGACUAACCAUAUUGCUUGGUUUAAUCUAGGUUUAAUUUAUAAAGCUGAAGGUUCCAGAUCAGCACUUGAGGCUGCGGAGUGUUUUCAGACUGCUGCUUUUCUUAAAGAGACUGCACCGGUUGAACCCUUCAGAUGAGGUUUUUUGGAGUAAUCAACUCUGUGAGCUAUUUUAUAAACCUUCAUGGUUAUGUUUGUUUUCUGCAGUAUAUAGGAUAUGCCGUCUGUAUUGUAGUUUACUGAAAAUUGCAGCUUAUAAGAUCAUUCAGAGUAUUACUUGAAUCAAGAACCCAGCCUUCAUAGUUCAUAGAUGGUAAAUAAACAGAACGAGAUUUCCUUAUUGCAAUUAAUCUUAAAUAGCAGCAUGAUUAGUCUGAAGGUGACAAUUUUUCUUUCUUGAAACUGUGGAGAAUUUUCCUGGAAAUUUGAAAUGCAAAAAAAAAAAAAAAAAAUCAGCCAAGAAGAAGCAGAACAUCAGGGGCUCAUUUAUUUGUAUUUGGUGCAUCCAAUAAUGAAUAUCUGAUGAACAUAUGAAAAUCACUGGCAGAGCUAAUACUUGUCAACCAUGUGACGUUCCGUUCCCAACUCAUUCCUUUAUCAACUGUAGCACAUAAAUGAAAAAGAGACACCAGUAUGCCAUUGCAGCAGCACAUGUAAUCAUCUAAAGGAAGUUGUCCCCUUUCAUAGCAUUACUGUUAUAGGACAUCUUUCUGAGGAAGUUGGAGUUUUUUGCUGAAAUUCUAAAUGAUAUACGAAAAAUUUGGGUUGAGACUCUACAUUCUUUUCUUACGCACACAAGUAAAUAUUUUUCUUCUCGCUUCAUGAAAUGGUCAACCUUUUACUGUUCCACGUUUGAUUCAUUGAUGUCCACAUGCAUCUUAUGGUAUGAAUCUGUUAUGUGGAGUUGUCAAGUUGCAUCAAUUUUCCCUAGUUCUAGUCUUUGGUUUUAGAAAUAUUGUCCUAUCAUGCAUUUUUUCAUGUAAAAAUGUGGAAUAAAAGUAAUGUACUCAGCUGUAACCGUUUGAUCAUCAAUAUAUUAUUACUCAGAUUGAGGACCAACACCCGUGUGUGCUUGACACAUGAACUGUCAAUUACAAUCAGGUUGUCAUUUUAGUGGACCGGUUAAGAUUAUUAAAAUGCCUGAAAAAAUAAACAUUCAAGAACUGUUUUUUUUUUGCAUGCUUUUUUACUGGCUUACCUAAGAAGCAAAAACUUGGCACUUGGAUGAGAGCUACCCAGAACCAUGAACUUUCAGAAAUUUGACUGAAUUUUCCAAGUAUUUAUGAAGCUUACCUCUAAUUUUGAAGUUAAAAGGCUCUUGCAGCAGCUAGGGCUCAAAUGAUGUUAUUAUUUACUAUAUUGUAACUGAUGUGAAGUUUAGUGCAUGAAUCUUUGUUAUAUUAAAAUCUGGUAUGGCGCUUACAUUAAGUCCAAACCAUUGAUUAUUUCCUACUACACCCACAAAAUACUUCCUUCUCAAACAAUUUUUUUUUCUGCCAAAUGAACUUUUCGUGUAACUAUCUUAAGUCCAUACCACUGAUUAUUUCCAAAAUUGUUCAGUUUGCACACACUUCCUCUUGGAAAUCCUUUUACAGUUUUUUGUUUUCUGGAAAAAGUUAGCUUGAAUUUGAAAAUUAGUUACCAUUAGUCAUGAUGGUGAUGGUAUUGCUAUCUCUUGUUUGCUGGCUAUAUGCUAACCUCUCUCCAACUUGAAUUUUCACUAAUGUAAGUGGUCUAUUGAAAGGAGUUUCUGCUGUUGACAUAUGCCAAAUCAUUUCAAGCAUACUGCUCUUCUAUAAUACUUUUGGAUUGCUCUAGUUUGUUGAUUCAAUAUUUGUGUCUCCUAAUAAAGCUUAUAGCGAUAAGGAUCAUGAGAAUUUGGGUCAUAUAAAAACAUAUUCCCACAAACUUGUUUGUGAUUGCAAAUUUCUUCUCUUGCCUAUUCUUCUAAGUGGGUUUACAUGUUCGUUUGCUCCUGAAUUUAUAGGCUUCGCAUGAAGUUAGAUAAAAACAAGGAUUGCAAUUUUGCUUGAUAUGGUACAGUAAAGGCGGUACAUGUUGGUCUAGCCAGCAACUGGCACAUGGACCACUCUGUAUCGGGCAAAACACAGGAGGUGGGGGUGUACCACCUGGUACAUCCCAGAAACUGGAUGAAACGAUCGAAUGGUACACCCCAGAAACUGGAUGAAACGAUCGAAACAUGAUCGUUAUUGACAUUUUUCGAUCGGUAAUAGUUGUAUCUUGACCAAUACACAUCAAGGGUCAGGAUUUGUCAUGGUCCAAUGGUCAAUUUGACUGUUGGACCUCAAUUUUGGCUUGGUUCAAAGGUUUAAAAGCUUCCUCACUCCCCUCUUUCACUCCCUCUCACUCACACAAGUUUCCCCCUCUCUUUCACACUCACUCUUUCGUACUCUCUUAAUUGAGCUUCCUAAUCAUUGAUUAGAGGCUUAGAGCUUCAAUUGGAGGGAUUAAAGUUUUCAAACUUGUCAUUUGGUGGAAGAUCCAUCCUAUAUGUUUCGAUACGUAAUCUAACAUUGCUUGUAUCUUUGUAGAUGAUUCAACAUCGAAGAAACGGAAAACAUGCUACAAAGUUGCUUCUCAACAUCAAGAAAAGAUAAAUUUGCUAUCUAAACCUUAUUUCCACUCUAUUUUUAUUGAAAUCUAAUUUUAGUUGCAUUAAAUUUUAUUUAAAAGGCUUAAAAAAGGGUUUUCUCUAUUCCAAGUAUUCAAACAUUUUUUAUGGUUGUUUCGGUUUGUCAGUACAUACCGGCAUAUGAUACGUUGGUAAUGACCGGUACAUACCAAUCCAGCUAUUAACCGGCACCACCGGUCGGACCAAGAUGUCAAACCUUGGAUAAAACAGUAAUAUAUUGGUUGGUCUAUGGACAUUGUUAAUAACAGAAGCUUGGUGCUUAUGAGCUGAAUGUUCCCUUUGUUUUGGCGCAUGAAUUCUGUCAAAUAUGUUGUGGAAAUAUGCAUUAUUACUUGGGAGCAUGCAAGCUUAAAAUUUAUUCCUUAUGAAAUACAUGAAGGCAAGAGGAGAUCAUCUAUAAUUCCUUGGCAAUGCUGCUUUCAGUACUAUGUACACAUUGUCUAGGUUUGAGAAGAGAAGUUGACCAAGAACACAAACCACUUGUCCAAACAUGCAUUUGUAGGGUGUGGUUUAAUGGGGCAACUGGCAAGUGGCAUCAUCCGUCAACUUAAGCUUCGCAAAGGCUCUGGGGGGUGGCAUGGAGAUAUGGUGCUCACUGUAAUCUUAUACUUCUGGUGGUUUUUUAUCAUCUUUAAGAGUUGCUAAUUGCCAUGAACUCUGUAUGCAAUUACAAUAUUCUGGAGUGUGGAGUCUGAGACAAAUUCUAUACACUUCCAAGGACUGUUGCCUUCUCCUCGAGUGCAUAUCAAUCCAGAAUCUUGACAUAAGCAACCACAUAGGCUUUAGAAGAAUCUGAUCGGAAUAACAUAUGCACCAUUGAGAUCUUGAAGCCUUAUUAUGUGGUUGAUGAAUGUCCUUGGAGGAAUGCCAAGAGAUGAUGUCAGUUUCGAUUUGACAUGCAUUCCUGUACAGUUGAAUGUAGUGUGCCUAAGGUAAUUGCGGAAGGAUAUGGUUGGUAUCGAUGACAUUAGCCUGUCAAAAAGGAAAACCGAGGAAGAUAUCAUGAAUGAAAUGCAUUUACCCAAAGGGGGUGGGUGAUACAUUAGCAUCUACAUUCUCCAAGAGUGAAAAGCAUGGUGGGGAAAACGUUGACGACAAAGGAUGGAAAAAGGUCGGUCGGUAUGUAUCUCCUUGAUCUGAUUCAAUGAAGUUAUGCUUUAAAUGUUGGGUUGUAACAUAUCUUUGGGACAUGAUGUUCCGAUUGGAUCACAACCUGCGAAUGCGCUAGAUUGGUUUCCAUGCUGGUCUUCUGAUUGAAUAAAACUGCAGAUGAAAACAAUGUUAUCCUGAAUGUUUGUUGCAAAAUGCAAUAUGGCUUAUGAAUGAAAGCCUAUAUCAAGUAAGAUUCAGCUUUUUCCA